AUGUCGAGUUUCCUGUUCGGACUGAGAGUCGUCGCCUCCGCUUCGGCCCAGUGGGGCUCGGCAAAGUGCGGCUGUGACGAGGGCUGUGACGAAGGCUGUGACGAGGGCUGUGACGAAGGCUGUGACGAGGGCUGUGACGAGGGCUGUGACGAAGGCUGUGACGAGGGCUGUGACGAGGGCUGUGACGAAGGCUGUGACGAGGGCUGUGACGAGGGCUGCGACGAGGGCUGCGUCGAGGGCUGUGUCGAGGGCUGUGACGAGGGCUGUGACGAGGGCUGUGACGAGGGCUGCGACGAGGGCUGUGUCGAGGGCUGUGACGAGGGCUGUGUCGAGGGCUGUGUCGAGGGCUGUGACGAGGGCUGUGUCGAGGGCUGUGACGAGGGCUGCGUCGAGGGCUGUGACGAGGGCUGUGACGAGGGCUGUGUCGAGGGCUGUGUCGAGGGCUGUGACGAGGGCUGCGACGAGGGCUGUGUCGAGGGCUGUGACGAGGGCUCUGACGAGGGCUGCGUCGAGGGCUGUGUCGAGGGCUGUGACGAGGGCUGUGACGAAGGCUGUGACGAGGGCUGUGUCGAGGGCUGUGACGAGGGCUGUGUCGAGGGCUGUGACGAGGGCUGUGUCGAGGGCUGUGACGAGGGCUGCGACGAGGGCUGUGUCGAGGGCUGUGACGAGGGCUCUGACGAGGGCUGCGUCGAGGGCUGUGUCGAGGGCUGUGACGAGGGCUGUGACGAAGGCUGUGACGAGGGCUGUGUCGAGGGCUGUGACGAGGGCUGUGACGAGGGCUGCGUCGAGGGCUGUGACGAGGGCUCUGACGAAGGCUGUGACGAGGGCUGUGACGAGGGCUGCGACGAGGGCUGUGUCGAGGGCUGUGACGAUGGCUGCGACGAGGGCUGUGACGAGGGCUGCGUUCGCGACGCUGUGUCGACUUGA